UAAUGGCCUUAAUUUUGAGACUUGGAGCUUUUUCCAACCCAAAACCGGACUACAUUCAUCAAUAAUCAAAUAUUGAUACAUUGGUUGAUUUUUGGUACAGUGAAACUGGAAAAGUUGGUUCCUUGAUGCAAACAUUUGAGUCGAAAGUCUAGAAAUUUACCCCAAAAGAAAACAAUAGAGAUGAACAUAUUAUGGAAGAGUGAAUCAUGGAGACGUAUCGUAGCUAAAAGUCGGGAUUCAAAGCCCUUCUUCUUCACUUUUGCUAUGGUUUGCGGUGUUAUUCCUGGGAUCGUUGGCUAUGGUGUUAUGCAGGUCACUAACUCUCGUAACGACAAGCUUGAGUCCCAUCUUCGCAAAAACUCUCGCCCUGAAACCAGGAUGAUGGGACAAGUGAAUAAAGAGAGGCUAGCUGAAUAUCUAGCGGAGCUCCAGCGGAAGGAAGACACAAAUGACCGAUACGUGGCUGCUUUGAAAGGGGAAACGUUAACUAGAAAGCCAUACGUGAGAAUUCAACCUAUUCCUAAGCAAAAUCCCUCUGAACCUUCCAAGGAAUAGACAAGUUGAGCAAUGAGCUAUGAAGCAUAUUUUUCGUCGUGGUUAUAUAAAACCCUGUUAGAAGUUGGAACUAACUAGAUUAAUCUUUUUGACAGUCACUAUGUGUGUAUCAAAUGAAAGUUCUUUACUCACAUUAAUGUACGAUUUUUCUGUUCUACUUGCAUUGCUCAGUUGGUUUCUUUUUCUGCGUGUUCAUAUUGAAUUAGUAGCCUUCAAACCAGUGCGACGGACGCCUGGACUGGCUAAUAGAUGGAGAAUAACUAUAGUUUUGCGAUUGUACAUCUAAUAAUAAUGAUUAUAAUUUCAAUA